CAUCGGCUAUCGGCGCAGCGUCCCUUGUGCUGUCUCUGCGCAUGCGCGGUACCCUUCUGCUAGUUUAAAAUCCCGGAUGUCACUAGGUCCCGGGGUGCCGGUAUAGUAGGGGGUGAGGGCUCCAUAAAUCGGUGCGGGCCACAGGCAGACUAUGCUGGUGUCCUUUGUGUGAGCUCCGGACAUGGCGUCUCCUGAGGUGCUUGAGGAGUACAGCUCCGGGGAGGCCUGUUCUGGGGGUUGCGGGGACCUGGGGGACUUUCUCCUGGAGGAUAGGACUGAGGAGGAGCUCGCAUCUCACUUUGAACAGGCGGCGAAACAUGCCCAGAAACUGGCCCAUGUGGCGACCACAGAUCAGCUUCUCUACCUGUAUGCCAGGUACAAGCAGGUGAAGGUGGGAAAAUGCAAUACUUCAAAGCCAGGUUUCUUUGAUUAUGAAGGCAAGCGAAAAUGGGAGGCGUGGAAGUCAUUGGGCGAUUGCAGUCCGCAGCAGGCAAUGCGUGAUUAUAUAGAGACGAUAAAAAAGCUUGAUCCAGACUGGAGCCCAAAGUCGUUUGAGGAUCCUGUUGAAGAGCACAAGUCGAGCUUUGGUGGACGAGUGGUCAGCUGUCUUUACCAGGUGCCGGAAACACUUAGGGAUGAAGAUAAAGACAUUUUUGACUACUGCCGGGAGAAUGACAUCUCACGAAUAUCACAGGCCCUGGCUACAGGGGCGAUUGAUGUGAAUGUGGCAGAUGAUGAGGGUCGCUGCCUUCUCCACUGGUCCUGUGACAGAGGACACUCCGAGCUAGUGUCUACACUCCUCUUCCAUAAUGCUCACAUAAAUAUGCAGGAUUCAGAAGGGCAGACACCUCUGCAUUAUGCUGCUGCAUGUGAGUUUAUUGAUAUAGUGGACCUUCUUCUGGACCAUGGUGCUGACCCCUCUCUUGUGGACAAUGACGGAUUCCAGCCACAUGAGGCGACGGACAGCAAGCAAAUUUCAGAUAUGCUAAAACAACAUGCCACAUUUGGGGAACAUGACAAGCCCCCAAGCCUUCUUGAAAUUUCAAAAUAAAGCUGACGUACAAGUCUAUA